UCUCUAUUACACUCCACUGUCUAGUUACUUUCAGUAGUACAAUGGAAUUAUCACUCCCAAAAUAUCUCAAAACUGGUCCAAAGCUAUGGAAGGGAAGGGAAAACCAGAACAUUUGCUGAUAGGGAAACCAGAUAAUGAAGAAUGACUGCAAUUUUUCUCUCAUUCACAGGGUUCCCUCUUAAAAAUGUUAUCUCUGGCCACAACAUGUGAGGGAAAAGAAACAAACAAAGAAAAUGCUUGGUGUCUAAAUUGACAGAAUCAUCUGAGAAAUUAAGGGACAAAGAGGAUUUGACAGGCAUGUAAAGGAAAAAGAGAAAGAGCCUCUGUGUGAUCAAGGGACUGGGAGAGAUGCCUCUCUCUGACUAAAAAUAUUGCAGAGUGGCUUUUUGAACUCAAGAGCGCACCCAAAAGACCAACACUGGCUUCAAAGAGAGAAUGGGCAUGAACCAUGAGAUGAUGGAACAUAAAUAGCUGAAGAACUGUUGGAAAAUAUGGCCUAUUAAAGGUUGUGUAUUUGUCUCUCUUUGGCACUUUACAAUACAUGUGGGCCUGAAAUUUCAUAAGCCUCAGCCUCUCCCAAAGCGAAGACUUCCUCCUUGAGAGUUAGCCACAAGAACUCUUCACCACUAUUCUUUCCUUAGUAGGAGAGCAAAAUCCUCAGAAGCAGUUGAUUUGAUACCACCCUCCUGAUGAUGUCCUUUGUCUGCCAUUGAAGGAGAAGAACAUGGGAACUGAGAACUGCAGUCUUCAUAAAGUUUGCAUGCAAAUUCAUGAUCCACAUGUCCACCACAAAUGCUCUGUCAAUUGACUGAUCAACAUCAAAAUAGUUAACUCCCGAUCAGUAGUUGUAAAAAGAACAAUUUCAGCAUGGCAAUGGCCACACGCUUUGAACCACAGAGAUGUGCCUUGCUGUCCCUUUGUUUCUACUGCAGCUCUGGAGUGAAGCCACAGGAGUCAUGUAGCUGCUGCUGUUAAGUCACAGUGUAGCACAACACAUAAUCUAGUUCUUUGAUAGACAUCACUUCUUUCUAGAGCCCAGAAACGACACUGUGUGGGGAAAAGCUAUUUCAAGUUUCUCCUUUAAGUAAUUGGUUUUAUUGCCCUUUCCUUGUGCCACAGCAGCAGCAGAGGGGGUGAGGAAAGCUCUAGCUGCCAUUGCUUGAAAAAUGAAGCAAUAGUUGCCUGUUUGCAAAACUGACCACAUCAGAAGCAGUGGGUAAAGAUGUCUGAGUGCGUGCUACCACAAAUGGGUGGAUAUGGAGGGAAAGGGGAGUGGUGACACAGGCUGGUGGUACUGGUCAUCAUGAAGUGGCUGCAUGGAGGCUGCCUAUGUAUUUAAAACAGAGAGGACCCAUACACCAGGCAUUCAGCCCUGUGAGUCCCAAGUCUCAGCAGAAGUGUGACAGGCAUGGGAGAUACGGCCACAGUGCCAAAGCAAGUUGGAGGAAAUCCCUCAAGUGAAAACAAAGGCUCUGUAAGUCAUUUCCUCUGAGCUGAACAGAAAGACAUCUGUGUUGAUACAGCUAUUACACAGUAAUCACAAUAAAACAAUUCUCUUGCAAACAGCAUAGACUCUACUUGCUUUCCUCUAGACUGACUGAAAUGUGAGAGAUGUAUUUCCACUGAACUUUACAAGAUCUUUUUUCUUUCAAUGUGGUUUUGCAGUGACAGUUUCUAUAGGUCAGACUGGGCUAAGAGAAGGAAAGAAGCUAAAGAAAAGAGUGUAUGCACCAUCUCAGUACAGACCCUGAGCUCUGAAGUUCAACACGGGCACCUGAGGGGCACAAAAAGCCACUUCAGUUAAUCUGGCUGUAGGUUUGGGGCAGCAGGAUGCAAAUGUUGCACAUGCUUAAUCACGAAGGAAGGCACUGUAACCCCGGGGGUCACUGGGACAUGAGUGGACUUGCGACUGGCAUUAAAGAAGAGCAGCCUCGGGGUACACAGCCCAGUGCACAGGGAUGGGGGAACGCUGUGCCCACCGGCACACCACGGCCCAGCCCGGAGCCCUGCGAGCCUUCCUUCUCCACCGCGUUUUGGAUUCCUGGCAGCUCCUGACUGGGUCGGGUCUAGCGAGUGUGGGACACCUCAGUUCAGCUUCUCGCCGUGCCAUGCCGCACCCGCCCCGAGCCCGGAGGGCGCCCGGACAGUGGGGCCGCCCCCGCCGCUUCCUCCGCGGGGAGCCGCGCUCGGCGGGAGGAGGUGCCUUCCCGGGCCGGAGCGAGGCAGUGCCGUGCCUCUCUCCCUCCUUCCCUCCCUCCUUCCGCCUCCCUCCACGCCGCCGGCGCCCGGACUCCUUCCGCGACGGCGGCCGGGACACGCAGGUAAGGCAGAGCCGGGGUGCCGUGCGGCGGGGCCGGCCCGCUGAGGGAGCGGGAUGGUUCCGAGCAGCGCCGCCGGGGCCGCGCCCCAGCGCGGGGACCUGUGCCGGGGUGGCGGCGCACGGAGCCCCCCUGCAGCCGCCGCCGUUCCCGAGUCCGAGCGUGUGCGGCGCCGCCAGGGCGGAGCGGCUGCCGCCUCUGCGGACAGGUGUCACACCGAGAGCAGUGACCAAAGCCGUCUUUCAAACCUCUGCUGAAGUCGCUCUAACUGUGUCAUACAAGGGGUUGUGGCUCAGGCUGACAAAUCCAUUUGAAAGCCAGAAUUUCUGGGUAUUUCCUUGUUUAUGUGACUUUUUUUCUUUGCGUCUUACCUCCAUGUAA